AUGGAAGCUUAUUUCCUGCUUCCAUCCAAGGCCAGGACGGUCUCAUUGGUGAAGAAUAGUGCUCUACUCCGUGUGUGCGUGUAUACUGAUUGUCUGCGCCUUGAGCCAGGCUCAACAAUUAGUGGGCAUGCUUUAAUUAUGGAAGCUGACUGCUUAAAAGCUUUGAUGGGAAUUGACACACUUUCCAGUAUUCGAGGUGCUUUCUUGCUCACCAUGGUGGAUAACGCUAACAAUAAUGUGCAAAGUGGAGUCUUGCUUGCGCUGAAAGGAUCUGAAGUUGUCACCAUUGAUGUCAAGGCAAGCAAGGGUCUGCUUGAGUCAGGGCAUAUUUAUCUAGAUGUUAGGACAGUGGAAGAGUACGAGAAAGGGCAUGUGAAUGCGGAGAACAUAUUCAAUAUUCCUUACAUGUUCAAUACACCAGAGGGGAGGGUGAAAAAUCCCAACUUCUUGAAGGAGGUCUCUGCUGUUUGCAAGGAGGAAGAUCAUAUUGUUGUGGGCUGUCAAAGUGGAGUCCGAUCCCUGUAUGCUACUGCUGAUCUUCUUAGUGCUGGUUUCAAAGAUGUAAGCGACAUGGGAGGAGGUUAUCUUGCUUGGAAGGAAAAUGUUUUUCCUGUGAAGAUAGAAAAGGAACAGAAAGUUGAACUAUGA